AUGAUAUUUGCGUGCAAGAAGUGCAAGAAGUGUUUCCGCAAAGAUGCUGCGGAAUUUGACGAGAGGUAUGCCAGCAGGCAUUCAAACGGGCGGGAGUGCGCUAACCUCCUGUAUAGCGACGAAUACUGCCCUCACUGCGAUAAUCACUUUGUUAUCGAUGCGAUUGAACCGGAGGCACGUUUGCAUGUGGAGGGUGACGAUGCCCGUAUGGACAAUCGUAUGCUUAAGGAUGAGCGUGUUGCCCGAGACAAGGAGCGCUCCCUCUUCAACAUUAAAGAUGUGUCGGAUCGCAUGGGCUAA